AUGAGGGAAAGGAUACGCAAGGUAACCAUUUUCAUAGCCAGUAAGAUAACAGGAAACUUUCCAGCUGAGAUCCUUUCCCUGAACUAUACCAUUCCAUCGGCAGCGAAGUUGGAUUCACCGUUUGUUUUUCCAAAUCUUGAUCCAAUCACUUUGGAAAUCGGUCUUUUCCUUGACUCAAAACUUUUCGAACAUUUUCAAAGGGAUUUUAUUCAAGACGCUGAACAACAUCUACUCGACUUCUCAUUAGCUUUAAUAAAUAAUGUUCAUGUACUCUAUCAACAACCCACACUGUCUCCAAACCUGACAGAAGCAAGCAAUUUGGCUACAUUCGUGCACAAAAAUGGGCAGGCCCAAAGUUUGUUGGAUGCGUUCUGUCGUCAUCAAGCUCACAUCAAUCCGGGCACUGAUCUGACCGACAUGGGACAUUGGGAUCAUGGCGUUCUGUUGACUGGGUUUGUUUACGACAUGCUUUUUUACGGCAGCGUUUUAAGCGUACGCCAGCGUCCUCGACAAUUACGAAAUUAUGACAUCUAUCACACAACCGCGUCCGUGGCUGGAGUGGCACCAGUGGCAAGAAUGUGUGAUCAGCUGUUUGCCUGCUCAUUAGUAGAAGGGCUGCACCUUGGGCGAUCGUUCGUCUUGGCUCACGAGAUGGGACAUAAUAUGGGUAUGGUACAUGAUGGUGUGCAGAAUCAGUGUAGUAAAUCUUGUUGCCUGAUGUCAGCAUGGUCAUGUGGUGUGCGAAUAGUGUGUAAGUUUGUUGCAUAUGUCGGCUGGAAUGGAGCGGUAAAAACGACCUGUCGCUUGAGUGCUCCUGUUGAGAGAAUUUCAACGCAUUCCUUUCUUCAGACCUCAGAUUUUGGCAAUGUUGUGUUUCAAGCGAGUCAGGCAAUGGCAUUGCCUCCGAGAUGGUUCACCAGGUUUGCUGGAACGAAAUCUAUCGGAAUGGUGCGGACGCCUGGUCAACGAUUUACAGCUGAUCAACAAUGCGCUUAUUUCUGGGGCCGUGACUACAAGGUGGAAAUUCCAACCGGACGCACCAUGGAGGACAUCUGUCGCAUACUGUGGUGUGGAAAUGGUGGGUCAACGAUCUCAACGGCCCAUCCAGCUCUGGAGGGCAGCUAUUGUGGAGGUGGCAGGUGGUGUCACGAAGGCCAGUGCUUGCCAUGGGCAUCAGGACCACCACCAAAAGUGGUUCAUGGUGGAUGGUCGAGAUGGAGUACUGAUGACAGAUGUCCUGUACAACAUUGCCAGAUCUCCGAUAGUAUAGCGGUUCGACCACAACAUCGCGAUUGCGUGAAUCCAGCACCAAACAACGGCGGGCUUCCAUGCAGCGGAGCAGCAAUCCGGGGAAUACUCUGCUCGACACACCACAGUUCCUGCCAAGGAUUUACUCGAGAAGAAUACAGUAACCGUAUAUGCUCAUCUAUAAAGCACGAUCCACUCAAACCCGAUCGACAGUUGACUGGCGAGGGCUUCGAACACGCAACCCAACCAUGCAAAGUUUGGUGUCAUCUGAUCGACUCGGAACUGAUCCGCAACAAAGGCCAGUUCCCAGACGGGAACGCCAUGCGGUCCGGAACAGUACUGUAUAAGCGGCACAUGCCUUGUGAGCUCUCAAUCAUCCUCAUUGGGCCCUAUUCGGGUGAAGAGAAAGAGCAGCGACCUUGCCUCCCACGUCUUCCAGAGUGCGAGAUGAUGACGGAAUGGGGUGAAUGGGCCGCUUGUGAAAGUGACUGCGGACAAGGACAGCAAAAACGUAAAAGACAGUGUCUAGCCGAAGACUGUAAUGAAGUUACCGAGGAAAAGCGGCCAUGUUGGAAUCCUGGAAAGGUUCUUGUUCAAGAUGUGUUGUGGAUUUCUGAUAAUUUUCAAUCAGUUUCAAUCAAUCGAUUUAGAUGGCUUGUUGGCUACCAUGGUCAGAAUGGAAGGAAUGCUCACAAACCUGUGAUGGUGGUCACCGAAAGCGAGAACGGGUCUGCCCUAUUCCUGGUGAAUGCGAAGGAGCUGCUUUUGAAGUUGGGCAGUGUAAUACCGAGCCAGUCAGCUCCAACCGGUGGCUGCAGUUCCAGCCAAACGCUUCGUCCUUCAGAAAACAAUUUCAGCGCUGUUCAACGGGAGUAUGGGCCCUGCCCUGAGACUUCCAACGAUUUUGUGUGGGAAGAAUGGAGCGAAUGGUCUGAAUGCAGUCAGACAUGCGGCGAGGGCUUUCAAAGAAAGGAAAGGAGAUGCAGGCGAGGUGAGUGUCCACCGGUGGAUAAUGUGCGUCAACGCCGUUGUGUCAGUGGACCAUGUCCUGCCUGGGAUGAGUGGACUGAAUGGUCCGAUUGCCCGUCCUGUUCCAGCGCCCACAGUCGCUCAAGACGAAGACGAUGCAUCGCGCAUUCGCGACAGGGCAAUGCAUCAUGUGAAGGACCAUCACAAGUGGAUGAGCCAUGUGACGAGUACUGCGAUAAUGCGGGAAUAUCAGAUGAUAAUCAUCAUCGGGAUAUUGAACUCAUAACGGGCAAGGGGAGACGAAGGGUUGUCGCCCACGGUGGUCGUAUAGUACCUAUCACAGAUGAAGCAUGGGGCGAUUGGAUGGAAUGGACUGAAUGUUCACAAACCUGCGGAACCGGCAAAAGGAGAAGGACAAGGGUAUGCAUUGGACGCAAAUGCCCGCCCCAGCCUCUUGAAUCCGUGAAAGAGAAGUGUAACGAACAGCCGUGUCCCGGAGACUCGUACUGGUCUCCUUGGACAACUUGGUCAACAUGCUCGGUCACUUGUGGAGAUGGUGGAGUACAGUCGAGACGACGCGCUUGCCUUCAAUCAUUCUUCUUUCAGUGCGACGGUCAACCAAUACAAACCCGAUCAUGCUCGGCUCUGACUCCUUGUGAGCCAUCACAUGCGAAUAACCAUGUCAGCGUCCCGAGGUGGUCCGAGUGGUCGUCGUGGUCAUCGUGUACGUGUUUCACUUUGAUGGAGAGCAGGCGACGAUUCUGCCUAGUUUCGGAUCCCGCCGUACAGGGAUUUUGCACUGGGGCCAUACUCGAUCAACGACAAUGCUCAGCAAGGUCGUGUGCUGCUUCUCCUGGAGGAUGGUCCGCAUGGUCAGAAUGGUCCUUGUGCUCGAAAGACUGCCAGGGAACUGGACAUCAAAUUCGUAAUAGGAUGUGCUCCGAACCACUACCAUCAAACAGUGUGCAGCAAUAUUUCAGAGGCUCGUAUUGCGUCGGCUACUCGUUUGAUCAACGUCCAUGCACCUCGUCGGCGCCGUGUGGCGUUCGCGUUGAUGGUGGGUGGAGUGAUUGGAGCGAAUGGAGUGACUGUGGAGAUUCUUGUGUCAACGCACAUCGAAGUCGAACAAGGCAAUUCUUCCUCCCCAUUUUUCUCUCCGCUCAUCCUAACAAGCUCCUAGAGCUGACCAUUACAGAGUCGACGGACGGUGAAUGGUCAGCGUGGAAUGAAUGGUCGGCCUGUGUAGGCAAUUGUGGUUUGGGCUCGAGAACGAGGGUUCGUGCAUGUGUUUCACCUCCGCCAACUGUUGGAGGUGUGCCAUGCUUUGGUAAAUCGUCUGAAAGUGAAGAAUGUCAGGCAGAGAGCUCUUUUUGUAGCCGAUUCCUUCAUCACGCUGAUAUUCUUGACGUCGAUGUACUGCAAUCAAUACAAUAA